CUGUCCAAGUCUGUCUUGUACAGUUCAACUGCGAAACUGCGUGCCGCGUAUACCCGUCUCUCGGUUCGAUUCGCGAUCGACGUGCCAUGCCGUAACGUGUGUGUUUCUGUUCGUUCGAUCGUGGGAUAUAUGCGCGCAUCUGUGUGUAUAUAUAUGACUUUGAUUGAGAGCGAUUUGGCAAACCGCAGAAUCUACGCAGAAUCUAAUUUAAAGAUAAAAAGAGCGACAAAUUUUUGUUUAUCAUUUUGGCCUCCGUAUAUAUAUUUUAUAUUUAUUUACCUGUAAAUCGUAUUCAUUCAUCACGUACAACACAUAUUUCACGAUCGCGCGUCGCAGUUCUCGACAUUUUCUUUACACUUAUACCUAUCCGUUUUACUUUCAUUUACGAGCAAUUUGAACAAAAAAUUGUUUGUCAAUUGUAUUUCUCACUUUGCUCACAUUUUUCAAGGAUUCGAUCAACAAUAUUAGCAACAAUGAAACUCUAGGAAAGAGAAAGAGGAAAUCAAAACAGAGAAAAGAAAAAUGGAAGACGAUAACAGGCAGUAACGCGCAACAAAGUGAAAGAUAUGUACAACAUUUUAUACGGAGGCUCGAUUAUCAUUCCAAUUGAAUAGUAAAGAAAAAAAGAAAAUUGGUUUCCCAAGUCUAUACGGCAAAGUAAAGCUCUUUCAAGCAAAUGGGACACGUUUCUUUUCGCGUACAAAUGUUCCGGAGUGUGUUGUUUGGUAUAUAUGUUUUUUUUCUACAACUCGACGUCUCUUCAAACUAUAUUACAGUUUUCUGUCUUUGAAAAAAGAGUGAAAAUGCGCGCGAGUAACAUUCCGUUUCGCGAGGGUAUAAAAGUGGAACUUGAUUAAUCUCCGGAUAAAUUUCUUUUCAUCGAAACUUACAGUCCGCAAGACUUUGUAAUUAUGAGACAAACGGUGUUCGUUAUCGUGUGCUUUUUGGGCUUUGUCUUAGCGGGAAGUCCUAGAUUACCACGAACAUCCGCUGAUCAGCGCAGCACACGUAGUGCGAGCCAUAAUAACACCGGCGCUACGCUACAGUCGUCUUCUCGCAAUUUUCAACGAAAUAGAGAACAAUACCUUUUCAAUGUCUUCGAAGUAAUAGUAUCAACUUUGGAGUCAAAAUUGCAGCGAAUCGAGAAUUUGGACAAGGCGGUGGAACAUUUAAUGAGAAGAGUAGAGGCUUUAGAUUCACGCGUAAACGAUAAUAUUGAUAAAACAGACGCGGUAAUUACUAAACUCAGAACAUUAGAUUUGAAACUUUUUAGUGCAUAUCCUAUCAUGUCAUCGGAAACUAUUCACGCAGCGAGAAUUACGGAAAAUAAGGACGGAAGACAUACCGAAGACACUCCAUCGAUACGUGUAAUUCAUGACGAUCGAAACGAUCGGACUCCUGAAACGCUUGGCGAAAAAUUGGUUUCCUUGGAUCAGAAAGUUUCCGAUAUCGAUCAUAAGCUUGUUAAUCUGAAGAAUCAGCUCGACAACAAUUUUUUACAAAGUGAUGAUAUAAAUGCUGAAGCGAGUGAGAAGAAACCUGUCAGUAUGAGUGUCAUCGAAAUCACUAAAGCUAUGAGUAACGAAGUGAUAAAUCAUAUGACGAUUGAAAUUGAGAAUCUUAGGCAAGCGACAGGUAGUAUGGAUCGAAAGCUUCAAUUUCACAUGAAUUUGGUAUCGGAUAAUCUCGGAGCGUUAUAUAAUAUGGUUAGCGAUGUGCACGAAGCUAUUGUCGAGAAAAAUUAUGAAAAUAAUCAACGACAAAAUCAUCUUAAUUUAACAACGACUGAAGCCCCUCCAACGAAGCAAAGUAAAAUCGAUCGUCUUGUCGAGCAAAUGUAUCCAAUGCUUACUGUUUCUGAAAAAAUGGAUCAAGUUUGGAAUGUAGUGAUGGGGACCAAGAGCUCGGUGGAUGAUUUGUUGCCGAAAUCCGACAAAUUACUUACUCAGACGCAAAGGCAGGAGAGGGCAAUUAGCGAAAUUCAUGCCGAUUUAAGAUCAAAAACAAAUAAGAUUAUUGAGAACCUGGAGGGUGUCGAGAGCCGUUUGAGGAAGCAAGAGGACGAUGUGGCCACUUUGGCGCAACGUCCGAUUCCGGCUGAAUUGCUAUUAGAUCCAACAAUAGAUCGACUCGUUGAAUAUGAUCCAAGCAGAUAUGUAACCGAAGAUUUUGCAACGGAGAUGCCCUUAACAUCUAUGCUGCCUACCGCUGCACCACCUUUGUCAACUACAACAUCGAUAUCGUCUGUUGCUUCACCCUCGAACAAUCCUACUAAUUCUACGACACCUAUGACAGCAACAUCUCUGAAUAUUACUGCUAAACCAAAUAAUAGGAAUCGGGGAGUUAUAUUUCCGAGCGUAAAGAAUAAGCCGAGCUUAACAAAUUCUACUUUUACAAACGAAGUAUUAAUCAACUAUAAAGAUGUCAAGGGUUAUUCGUGUGUGGAUUUAUUAAACGGAGGAAUGAGAGACAGCGGGGUCUACUAUUUGCAAAUACGCGGUACGACAUAUUGGUUCCUCAAGGUAUACUGCGAACAAGAAAUUGCUGAUGGUGGUUGGACAGUUAUUCAAAGGAGGGAUGAUUUUGGAGAGCCAAGAGAGAAUUUUAAUAGAGAUUGGGGAGACUAUAAAAAUGGGUUUGGAGAUCCUGCUAAGGAAUUUUGGCUGGGCAAUGAAAAUAUAUACAUGUUAACAAAUAAUGAAGAUUAUAUACUUAGAGUUGAACUUGAAGACUUCGAAGGUAACAAAAGGUAUGCUCAAUAUUCGCAUUUUAAGAUUUAUUCAGAGGGAGAAUAUUAUAAAUUAGAGAUCGAUGGAUAUGAAGGAAAUGCUGGAGAUUCGCUAAAUGAUCCUUGGUAUGGCUCAAACAAUAGCCCAUUUUCUACAUACAAUAGGGAUAACGAUAGAUCAUCUUUGAAUUGCGCUUCGAUGCUUAAAGGUGGUUGGUGGUGGAAAUCUUGUGGACGUGGUUUGAAUGGUCUUUAUUUAAAUGAUCCACAAGAUCUUACUGCACGACAAGGUAUUGUAUGGUUCCGCUGGAGAGGUUGGGAUUAUACUUUAAAACGUGCAUUAAUGAUGAUUAAACCAAAAGGUCCAACAACAACGACAACAACAAUAAUGAUAUAAACAUAAAAACGUGCGUGUGUAAGCUUUAAAACGUUAACUUGAUCGAAAUUUCUUGCGAUUGUUAAAUAUACAAUCUUGCACAUAUAUCGUAUUUAAAUUAUGUAUUGCAAAUAUACACAGACAAUUAUUAUAUAUA